GAGACGAUAGAAGUCUUUCAAGCUCAUCUUCAGACACCAGCCACUCGGAUGUUAGUGUUGGGAGCAGACUGACAAUUUGGCCUGAACAGUCUUCAGCCAGCACUUCUCAAGAGAGUCAUGGACUGGCAGCUGCAAAGGGCAUUCAUCUUGGGGAAGAAAAGACCCUUCCAGAAGGGGCACGUGGCACCACAAAACCACCUCCAAAGCCCCUUCGAUCCAGACAGCUACAGGAAAUAGGUCGUCAGAGUUCUUCUGACAGCGGAAUAGCUACUGGUAGUCACUCUUCUUACUCUGGAAGCUUUUCUUCCUAUGCUGGGAGCUUGGACAUUUGCCACGGCGAUGAGUUUGGAUCAUUGCUAAGCCUGCCAUUGAACUUUCCUUCAGAUCAGAAUUUAUGUACUUGUCCUCACAGUGAGCCCCACAGAGGCGCGGGAUCAGAGUAUCAGGUUCCCAGCUCUAUCAGACAUAUUUAUGAUAUACCCAGGAGUUUGUUACAGGCAGCUUCUAGAGAUGUGCAACAGAAGAGUGCGGAUUCCACGCUACCUAAGGACCAGGCUGUGUCACCUCAAGGUGCUAGUGACCCAAAACUGCUACUACCACAGUUGGAAGCACGGAGGGUACCUGAGCACAGCCAGGACAGAGGGAGGCCUUCAUCCUUACUCGCAGAAAGCAGCAAGGACUCAAGUGAUGGGAGAUAUGUGGAUUUUGUUUCGAGGUGGUCAGACACAAAACCACAAGGACAGGUGACAGACUCCAAGAGUAGUGAGUUGUCACCACCUAGUGGGGCCUCAGCUGACCCCUAUGACACAUGUAGCCCCCACCUUGGGAUGACAAGAGCUCUUUUUUCAGCUUGUCCAAUCUGUGGUGGACUAAAGGGAACAGCAAUAUUACAGUCUGGAGUCUUACCAGCUAUACCAGGUGGUGCUUCUGUCAUGGCAGCUUCUGGGUCUUUGAAAGUACAUAGAGGGCACAGUCUCCAAGCUGGUCCUAAAGGUGGCUAUGAGAUGCUGACGCUUCCUGCAGAACCUGGAACUCCUACUAACCCUGAGGAACCUGAAGGGGCAGUAGGUUAUUCAGCUGAUGUCCCUGCAUCAGAUCGACCCCACAGUGAGACAGCCACCUACGUUAAUAUUCCUGUCAGCCCUACUUCCAAAAAACAGCUUCAUUACAUGGAACUGGAACUUCAGGAACCUAGCACCAGCAUAAGAGGGAGUGGAUCAUCCCGAUAUGCACAGAUUGACAUUGCAGCCACCGAGACAGCCCACAAAGUGGGGACGCAGCAUGCUCAGUGCCGGGAGGAGCGUUUGCAGGAGCUAGAGCAGAAGAAGAAAGGGGCUCAGCAGUGA